UGUGUGUGGGUGGGGGGUGGCCAAACUUCCUGUCCCGCUCGGGAGCUGCUUCCGGCGGGAGCCGGAAGACGCCGUGUGUGGACGGAAUUCGGGACUGACUGCCGGACGACCAGCUGCCCUGUACUGGAAGGUUAAAUUGGUUACCAGCCUAGCUCAGCAUCUUACAGAAAAAACCAUAAUGUUUCUUAAAGGGCUAUGAGUAUAACAGGAAGGUGUCAUUGACUCUGAAUUAGAUUUGAACCUGUGCCGUGAACAGCCACAGGAUUUCAGAAGCUGAAUCAAUGUUAUCAGAUGAGUUAGAAUCCAAACCAGAGCUCCUGGUUCAGUUUGUUCAGAAUACCUCCAUCCCCCUGGGACAAGGGCUAGUUGAAUCAGAAGCUAAAGACAUUACUUGCUUAUCCCUCCUUCCAGUGACCGAGGCCUCAGAAUGCAGUCGGCUAAUGUUACCAGAUGAUACUCCACAUCAAACUAACUCCUCCAAGGAGGUCCCGUCUUCAGCUGUUUUGAGGAGCCUUCAGGUGAACGUGGGCCCAGACGGAGAAGAGACAAGGGCUCAGACUGUACAGAAGUCCCCAGAAUUUCUGUCCACUCCAGAGUCGCCUAACUUGUUGCAAGAUUUACAGCCAAGUGAUAGCACUUCUUUUAUUCUUCUUAACCUAACAAGAGCAGGUCUGGGCUCUUCAACUGAGCACUUCGUGUUUGUACAGGACGAGACAGAGGAUUCAGGGAAUGACUUCCUCUCUGGUGAGAGCACAGACAGCAGUAUUCCAUGGUUCCUCCGGGUCCAGGAGUUGGCCCAUGACAGUCUGAUUGCUGCUACUCGUGCACAGCUGGCAAAGAAUGCAAAAACCAGCAGCAAUGGAGAAAAUGCCCACCUUGGUUCUGGCGACGGGCAGCCCAAAGAUUCUGGGCCUCUUCCUCCAGUGGAAAAGAAGCUCAGGUGCACAGUUGAAGGCUGUGACCGGACGUUUGUGUGGCCGGCUCAUUUCAAAUACCACCUUAAAACUCAUCGAAACGAGCGCCCCUUCAUCUGCCCUGCAGAAGGCUGCGGGAAAAGCUUCUAUGUGCUGCAGAGGCUGAAGGUGCACAUGAGGACACACAACGGGGAGAAACCCUUCAUGUGCCAUGAGUCUGGGUGUGGUAAGCAGUUCACCACAGCUGGGAACUUGAAGAACCACCGCCGCAUCCACACAGGAGAGAAACCUUUCCUGUGUGAAGCCCAGGGAUGUGGCCGUUCCUUUGCAGAGUAUUCCAGCCUCCGGAAGCACCUGGUAGUUCACUCAGGAGAGAAACCUCAUCAAUGCCAAGUCUGUGGGAAGACCUUUUCUCAGAGUGGGAGCAGAAAUGUCCACAUGAAAAAGCAUCACUUGCAGCUAGGAACAACUGGGAGUCAAGAACAGGAACAAACUGCUGAGCCACUAAUGGGCAGUAGUUUGCUUGAAGAAGCUUCAGUACCCAGUAAAAACCUGGUGUCUAUGAAUUCCCAGUCCAGCCUUGGUGGAGAGUCCUUGAGUCUACCAAAUACCAAUUCUAUUCUUGGAGUUGAUGAUGAGGUGCUUACUGAAGGAUCCUCACGUCCCCUGUCCUCCGUGACUGAUGUGACACAUCACUUGGUGGCCAUGCAGUCGGGGAGGCAGUCCUAUGAAGUCUCUGUCUUAACUGCGGUAAAUCCACAGGAGUUACUAAAUCAAGGAGAUUUAACUGAAAGACAGACAUGAGUGUGCUGACCUCUGGAGAAGCAGCUCUAUCUGACUCCAGAGUGCAUGAUGGGAACAGAUCCAGAAGACUCACAUUCUGCCAGAACUAAAAUGAAUCUGUGAAGGCCAAAGAUCUCGCCUUGCUUCUAUUCAUCAU